AAGAGGCGGCGGCCGGCACUCGUCUCCGAGCGGCGUGCGUGCGGCGUCGCUGCCGUGCUCCUGCUCCGGGCUCUCGCUCCGAGCUGCCGACUCCCAGCUGCUCCCGGACUCGACACGCCUCGAGGCUCCAGUGGCGGCGUCGGACCUGCAGCGGCGGACCGGGCCGGUGGGACGUGUCGCCAUGCUGACCACCAUCAGCUGGGAGCCGGUGCGGCGGGCGUGCCGGCUCCGACAUCCGAUCGUGCGCGAGACGCUGGCGGAGCUGGUGGGCACCAUGACGCUGGUGUUCAUCGGCAACUCCGUCAUCGCCAACAACGCAGUGAACGCGAUGAACAAUGAGGCGCUCGGCUACGGCGUGGCGCUCGCCAUCUCCGUGUUUGCCACCGGCGGUGUCUCAGGGGGCCACGUGAACCCGGCGGUGACCGUGGCGCUCAGUCUGGCCGGGCGCUGCCAGCUGAACCGCGUGCUGCCGUUCGUCCUGGCGCAGUACAUCGGCGGCUUCAUCGGUGCCGCUCUCACGCACGGACUCUAUUUCGAUUUGUUCAAGAAAGACCCCGGCAGAUAUAGUACACUGUACGGCAUCUUCGCCACCUACCCCGAGCUGAACCGUGACUUCAAGCUGCAGAACAUAUCGCUGGGAGGCGCCUUUCUGGACCAGGUGAUGGGCACUGCCCUGCUCAUGUAUGGCAUCAUGGCCAUCACGGAUAAGCGCAACACGAACGUGCCCAAGGGUGUGGUACCGCUGGCCAUCGGCGUGACCCUGUUUGGGGUCAUCACGUGCUCGAGUUCGAACACCGGCGCGGCGCUGAAUCCGGCACGUGACUUCGCCCCACGGGUCUACUCCUAUAUCAUCGGCUACAAGGACGUGUUCAAGUACUGUGACCACUUCUGGUGGGUCCCGAUCGUGGCCUGCCACCUCGGUGCCGUCAUCGGCGCGCUGGUCUACCUCCUGGCUAUCGAGCUGCAUCACCCGACCGGCCAGCACGAGGAUGAGGACAAGGCCGUGCUCGACGUCGACGCCGACUCGGCGGCCGCUGCGCGGUCGCGGAGGGGCCACCGCGGCUCGGCCGGACCCGUACGCCAGGGGGCCGCGCGCCCGUACCGAGAGCCAGCGUACGAGCUGAGCGGACGGGAGAACCGAGCGUACGAGGUCGAUGACGAGCCCCGCGCGUACUCCGGUCGACGCGGUGACAGUCGCUCCGGACGGGAUCGGUUCGCCGACGAUUAUAUGUGAGGCAAGCCGUCCACAGCAUGGCUGUGUUCCGGCGUGUCCCCGGCGGGUGGGGAGGCACAGAACGGGCUCGCAGGGGAGGGCGUCGUACGUGCGGCGUAUCCCCGGCGGGUGGGGAGGUACAGAACGGGCUCGCAGGGGAGGGUGUCGUACGUGCGGCGUAUCCCCGGCGGGUGGGGAGGCACAGAACGGGCUCGCAGGGGAGGGUGUCGUACGUGCGGCGUGUCCCCGGCGAGUGGGGAGGCACAGAACGGGCUCGCAGGGGAGGGUGUCGUACGUGAUUUGCCGCGCACGUUGGCGGAAAGUUGUUGGCGCUUCAUGGGCGCGAAUUGGUGGAGGACGUGCGGUGCCGCGGCGUAGGCAUGUAACGACUGAGAAUUCAGCAUAGGCAUAUUGGUCGCUAAACAUUUCCAUGUUAAAGGCUGACAGCGAGUGAAUACCACCAGAUAUAUAAUCAAAGAACAUGCAGUCAGGUGUAUGUUGCCUUCAGCAGUCGUUGAACAAUCCAUCUGACCAUCUGUGGCAUGGAGCGUUCGCCAUAGAUCACAGCAUAUGGAUCCCCUGAUUUACGAGCGAAUCGUGUUUUGUUUCCGAGAGCCUUAUAUUAUGAUUAUAGGCGGUAAUCGAACAUGGGAUGACUGCCCUACUAGUGAUGUGGCCAGAGGUGUAUCACCAAGUUAGUUGGGAACGUGAGUUGAGAAGAGGGAGGGAGAACUAGAGUGUGUGUGUGAGAGGGAGAGGGGGGAGUCCGAGCUAUAAAACAAUUCAGGACCGACGCGGUCGCGACAUGGACGCCUUCUUUGAGUGGCUUGAUAACAGCCCGUCUCCCGCUGAGAAUCGCAGACUGACGACUCCAUCGUCUGAUUCACCUGGCGCCACCAGCUUGAGCUCCGUCACGAUGCGCUCGGUCGCAGCUCGAGUCAUCUGCCGACCACCAAGUGGCGCCAUCUUCAAGGCUCUGGACUUCAUGGGUCGGCUGGCGCAUGCUGUUGGGAAUGAAAAACGUUUGUGUGUUGUUGGUGAUGCUAAAUAUGUCUGGUUGCUGUCGAUCGAGCCUGUUGUCCAGCGGUCUUAGCAGGUAGCAUUGAUGAUAAUUGUAAGGCAAGUCAUGGUGGUCACGUUGCGCAUGAUUUGGGAUCGUUGGUACAUCGUGUCAUUCAAGGAUUCUCGGACGGUACGUCAUCGCUCCAGGUCAGGUCGCGUUCACGAAGCACAGGCACGGUUGUGACAAGGGUAACGCGCACCCUGCGAAAGUUGUCGCGUAUGUAUUUCAGUCCUUGCACAAGGCAUGGUAUGGCUGCUCUCCUGCUGGCAGCAUAUCCAUCUUGUCUUAUUCGCCAUGCGCAUUGCAUGCAACGUACGCGACGGUAUGGGUUCCAGCGCGGUGGGCAGACGACCUUCGACCGACGCGUGUCGACGAGGCAGGCCUCAGCCUUAGGACAGCGGGCAUGCUUGCGAGUUACAGACAGCCGCUGACGGCCAGGCGCGGGAUUAGACGGAGCACUCAGCCGGGCAUGCCGCGAUAAGUGAUGAAAAAAGAGACGGGAGCCAGUUCAGCACCGGCACCGACCGUGAAUGUCGGGGUAUCGCUUCAGAACCGGCGGCGCGUAGCUGGCGCCCGCGCUGCUAUCAACCCUCCGUUAGCCCAGUAACAUGCCUUGAGUGCUGGGAGACGAACGAGGCGAUAACACAGGUGAAAGUUGUUAACUGUUAUGAUGCAGAUGAUAUGAAAGCUAGGCUAGUGAGGCCUGACUCGUUUGACAAAGGAUGCCAAGGGUGUGACCAAUCUUUUGAGGAGGAGGAAUUGGUCAGUCUUGCUUGUGAUGAGAAUUGAUUAGAUAGAGGUCCAGAGACGCAUAUCAAUAGUUGCGCAGUAAUGUACAAACAACACUGAUUGAAGGUUAGCUGAUAUACGCGCGGUCAGUGCUGGAUAUUUAAAUUGAUGGUAUUAAUAAAUUUGCAAUGAUA